CUCUUCGAUUUGGACAGAGCCCAUGACCAUGGAAAGACAUAAGAACGGCCCGUCUCUUUUGGCUUUUGGUUCAUUACCGGUGUUGUAUUAUGCGUGUCGAAGAAGGAUUCCAGCAGUCUCCCUUUAUUGAAGGAAAUGCUUUCACCACGGACCCGGUAUUGCCGUUUCUUCUCAAGAGGAUUCUUCCCGCAGAUGUGCUGAAAGAUAUUCUGCCUGACCUUGUUCGCUUCGGGGAUGAAGUGGUUACCAAUAUAAGAGCCUGUGGUCCUCGUGUAUCCAACCCCCAGCUCAUCCAAUAUGAUCAAUGGGGUCGCCACAUCAACGAACUUCAAACCAGCGAGGGAUUCCGCGAACUCAAAGCCAUCGCCCAGCGCGAAGGGUUUCCUGGCAUCUUUUAUGAACGCACAUAUGGCGAAUGCAGUCGGAUUUAUGGCUUUGCAAAAGCCACGCUUAUGGUCGGAGAUGGACAUAUGGUUUUUUGCCCACUGAGCAUGACCGAUGGUGCUGCUAGAGUCAUUGAGCUAGUGGGUACGGAGGGUAUGAAGAAACAUGUGUUUCCCCGGCUCAUCAAUCGGGACCCUUCUUUGGCAUAUGUAUCCGGUCAAUGGAUGACCGAGCGAGCAGGAGGCUCAGACGUCUCUCAAACAGAAACCGUAGCAUCUUUUACAAGCACUGAGCACACACUUGGGUUACAAUACUCCCUGAACGGCUUCAAGUGGUUCUCUAGUGCUACGGAAAGCGACGUUGCCCUAGCACUUGCGAGAACAGGCAAACCUGAAGAUGGUUCGCGAGGCCUUUCUCUGUUUAUCGUUCCCUUUCGCGUGCCCUUGCUCCAUCGCCCUUCCAAUCCCCGUCCCGAUGCAGUCAGUAAUAAGAUAUACUUGCACCGUUUGAAGGAAAAGAUUGGCACUCACGUCUUACCCACUGCCGAGCUCUUGCUUGAAGGUUCAGAGGCGUAUCUCGUCGGUGAAUUGAACCAAGGCGUCAAAAGUAUUACUCCCGUCCUAAACAUCACCCGUGUAUGGUCUGCCGUAGCAUCUCUCGGUGGUCUGCGGCGGUGCCUCGCUAUCGCUACGUCAUACGCGGACGUACGUCGAAUUCAAAGUGGGACACGGCUGUUGCGAGAAACGCCGUUGCAUGUAGCGCAGAUUGUGACCAUCAGCUUAACGUACAGAGCCCUCGUGCAUCUGACUUUUGGCGUUAUACGACUGAUGGGUAAAGCCGAAUGCCAAUUGGCUACGCCGGAAGAAGAGAGGAUGCUGAGGAUGCUGACACCGAUGGUAAAGGCCUUCAAUGCGGAAAGGGCAUGUGGCGCAAUGGAAGAAGCCAUGGCCGCUCUUGGUGGUGCGGGCUAUAUGGAAGAGAAUCAGAUAGGGAGGCUUAUCAGAGACGGCCUGGUGGAAAAGAUAUGGGAGGGAACCGCGACAGUACUGUCCCUGGAUGUGGUACGAGCAGUCAGAGACCCUUUAGUGCUCGUAGCGUUCACAACGUGGGCGCAGUCAGUGAUGGCUUCUUGCCCAGAUGAUCUCAGAGUACGUAUACUCGACGCCUUGGAUACGCUGAGGCAGUCUGUAGAUUGUGCAUCAUCGGCGUACAGGCCCCCAAUACCGCCUCUCCUGCCUAGGCACGCUUUGAUACUGCUUGGUAACGUAGCGUCGAGUCUGUUCCUUCUGGAACAUGCAAUAUGGUCACAUAAAACAAAGCAGGAUGAAGCGCAGACGGACUCAGAGGUGUUCAAGAGAUGGGUAUCGGAAGGCGGAUUGUUGACGGCCAUACGGGAUGUUCGGAUCAUCCAGGGUGCCGCGACCGCUGAAAGGGAGGCUGGAAAUGCUGCAAUUGUAUUUGGGUUGGAUACAACAAAGUCUAGAGCGAAAAUGUAAUGUCUCAUCUUUAUUCAUUGUGCU